GCGGGACUUUGAGGGAAAGGCUGGAAGACGAGGAUGUUUCCACAGUGAGAAGAAGCCUCUGGCACCAUGGCAGUUUUUGAUACCCCUGAGGAGGCCUUUGGCAUCUUACGUCCCGUCUGUGUCCAGCUCACAAAGACCCAGACGGUGGAGAACGUGCACCAUCUGCAGGCGCAGCUGCAAAGCGUGAGUGACUCUGCCCUCCAGGAGCUGCAGCAGUACGUCCUCUUCCCUUUGCGCUUUGCCCUGAAGACCCCCGGUCCCAAACGAGAGCGCUUGGUCCAGAGCGUGGUGGAAUGCCUCACAUUUGUCCUCUCCUCAACGUGUGUGAAGGAACAAGAGCUUCUGCAGGAACUCUUUUCUGAACUCUCCGCUUGUCUCUAUUCACCUAACUCCCAAAAACUUGCAGCCGUGUCCGAGGAGUUGAAGCUGGCUGUCAUUCAGGGCCUCAGCACAUUAAUGCACUCCGCUUAUGGGGACCUCAUUCUGACUUUUUACGAACCCUCCAUUCUUCCUCGCUUAGGAUUUGCUGUGUCUCUACUGUUAGGCCUAACAGAGCAGGAGAAAUCAAAGCAAAUUAAAAUUGCUGCCUUAAAGUGUUUACAGGUUCUGCUCUUUCAGUGUGACUGUGAAGACCACCCUAGGUCUUUGGAUGAACUUGAGCAAAAGCAGCUGGGGGAUUUGUUUGCUUGUUUUUUACCUGGAAUCUCAACUGCACUGACCAGGGUUAUCACAGGAGACUUUAAACAAGGGCACAGCAUCGUUGUCUCUUCCCUGAACAUCUUUUACAGGACUGUGAGCUUCAUUAUGGCUGACGAACAGCUCAGCAGAAUCUCAAAGGCCCAAGCAAAACCUGCAGUGGAGCAGAGAGUCGCAGAGCUGAUGGUUCGCAGGGAAGCCGAGUGGGUAAAAAAUACCAGCGACAAGUUGACUAUCCUGAUUAAAAAGAUUAUUGAGUGUGUUUCCAUCCACACGCACUGGAGGGUGAGGCUGGAGCUGAUAGAACUUGUCGAGGCCCUUCUUUUGAAGUGCAGUCAGUCACUGCUUGACUGUGCUGGUCCCCUUCUAAAAGCUUUAGUGGGACUAGUAAAUGAUGAGCGUCCUGAAGUUCAAGCCCGGUGCAAUAAGGUUUUGAAACAGUUUGCAGAUCAGAAAGUAGUGGUCGGCAACAGAGCCCUUGCUGACAUCUUGUCAGAGAACCUGCACUCGCUUGCCACAGCGCUUCCCCGCCUGAUGGACUCUCAGGAUGACCUGGGCAAAUUUGCCACACUCUCCUUGUUACUCGGUUAUCUGAAACUCUUGGGCCCAAAAGUGAAUUUUGUCCUCAACUCUGUGGCCCACCUGCGGCGGCUUUCCAAAGCACUUAUCCAAGUUCUAGAACUAGAUGUAGCUGACGUCAAAAUCGUCGAAGAGCGGCGUUGCAACUCUGACCAUCUGAGCACUUCUCCAACAUUGUCAGCCUCGCAGACACGGAGCCAAAUGCAAAGGAGAUAUUUCCGCUUCUUCUCCGAUGAGCGAGUUUUCCUGCUCUUGAGGCAGGUUUGUCAGCUUCUUGGUUUUUAUGGGAACCUCUAUUUGCUGGUGGAUCACUUUAUGGAACUGUACCAUGAAUCUGUGGUCUACCGGAAGCAAGCUGCCAUGAUUCUUAAUGAACUGGUUGUAGGGGCUGCUGGGCUAGACGUGGAACAUCUUCAUGAACAACAUAAUAGAACAAACCCAGAGGAACUGAAAGAGAUUGUGAUAUCUCUGUUAGAAGAAUACACAAGCCAAGAAAACUGGUAUUUGGUUACCUGUAUUGAGGCUGAGGAAAUGGGAGAGGAGCUUCUGAUGAAGCAGUCAAGCCUCCAGGCCAUCACAUCUGGUACCCAGACCUGCCAAGUUACAGCUUUCCCUUCCUUUUCAAGACCAAAUCCCACUGUUUGUUCCAUGAACAGUAACAUCUGGCAAAUAUGCAUCCAGUUGGAAGGGAUUGGCCAUUUUGCAUAUGCACUAGGGGAAGACUUUCGUUUGCUCUUGAUGUCAGCCCUCUAUCCAGUCCUGGAGAAGGCUGGAGACCAAACCCUGCUCAUCAGUCAGGCAGCUACCGGUGCCAUGGUGGACAUUUGUCACGCUUGUGGCUAUGACUCCCUGCAAGAUCUGAUCAAUCAGAAUUCAGACUACUUGGUGAACGGGAUCGCUUUAAAUCUGCGUCAUCUGUCUCUGCACCCCCACACCCCAAAGGUCUUGGAAGUCAUGUUGCGGAACUCAGAUGCUCGUCUGCUUCCUUUGGUGGCAGAUGUGGUUCAAGACAUCUUGGUCACCCUGGACCAGUUUUAUGACAAGAGAGCCUCUUCCUUUGUGAGUGUGCUGCAUGCGCUGCUGGCAGCAUUAGCCCAGUGGUUUCCAGACACAGACAGUCUUGGGCAACCCCAAGAACAGAGUGUACGGGAGGAGGGAAGCCAUUUGAGGCCAGGACCAGCAGUCCUGGAGAAAGGACCCGAGAAGAAUACCACCACAGCUGACGACAUUGAACAGUUUUUGCUGAACUACCUCAAGGAAAAGGAUGUGGCAGAUGGAAAUGUCUCCGAUUCUGAUCAUGAAGAAGAGGAGCGGUCAACCCCUCCCAAAGUGGACGAGGACGACCCCGGCCCCAGCGUGCAGCCAGCACUGCCGGUGCAGAUCCAGAUUGCUGUGGACGUAAUGGAGCGCUGCAUCCACUUGAUGUCAGAUAAGAAUCUGAAAAUCCGCUUGAAGGUCCUGGAUGUGCUGGAUUUGUGUGUUGUUGUUCUGCACUCGCACAAGGAGCAGCUCCUCCCCUUGGCUCAUCGUGCCUGGCCCCCGCUUGUGCACAGACUCACAAAUGAUGACCCGCUGGCAGUGCUCAGAGCCUUCCAGGUUUUGCGUACGCUGGGAGGCCAGUGUGGCGACUUCCUCAGGAGCCGGUUCUGCAAAGACGUCCUGCCCAAGCUGGCUGGCUCCCUCGUCACCCAGGCUCCCGUCAGCGCCAGGGCCGGGCCAGUCUACUCCCACACGCUGGCCUUCAAGCUGCAGCUGGCUGUCUUGCAGGGCCUGGGCCCCCUCUGCGAGAGACUGGACCUAGGUGAGGGUGACCUGAAUAAAGUGGCUGAUGCCUGCUUGAUUUACCUCAGCGCCAAACAGCCCGUGAAAUUACAAGAGGCUGCCAGGAGCGUUUUCCUGCACUUGAUGAAAGUAGACCCGGACUCCACCUGGUUCCUCCUGAACGAGCUAUACUGCCCAGAACAGCCCAUCCCGCCCCACCCCAGCCUCCACCCUGUGCAGCUGCGGGGGGCCUCUGGGCAGCAAAACCCCUACAAGGCCAACGUGCUCCGCCUGCUCCAGGAGCUGCCCUGAGUCCGUCUCCCCCACUGGGUGGACAGCGCCUUUAGCUGGGUGCCUGCCAGGAGUGCGGGGCCUGCCCCACCCAGCCAGAGGCGCUGGCGGCGCAGAGAGAAGACUGCGAAGGGGCAGUAGACAGCUAUCGAUUCAUAAAUAGAUCGAUCACACAACUGCUUAGAAAUUGGAUUGAAGGAAAGCAUCUGACUAUUAUUUAUAUUUCAUACCUGGCGUUUUCAGAUGACACUGUCUGGCAGCUCUAGGGACUUAACUCCUUAGCUCACCAUCACCCAGCCCUGGCUGCCUCCCAGGCCCCCCACACCCACACCAGCAGUUCAGAGACGUGGGGCCGGGCCAGUGCUACCCUCGGCGCAUGCGGUCUGGGGACGGCGUGUCUGGCCUCUCCAGAACACAGCCCUGCAUCGUGGACUCACCUCUCCUCAGAUAAUGAGAUGGAACUAUUUGCACCUAACCUGUUCUGUGGAAGAAAAUGAAAUAAAGCCACUUCUUGGA